AGGCUCCGGUCCCUCCCGGCCCAUUUUCCAGGAGUUGACGUCUACCGCCUGUCUGCUAUGGGUCGCAGCGGGGAGCUAAGUGACUUCCAGCGGGGCACCGUGGUCGGAUGCCACAUGUGUAAGAAGUCCCUGCGGGAGAUCGCGACCCUCUUAAACCUACCGCGCUCCACCGUCUGCAACGUCGUUCUGCAAUGGAAGCGAGAGGGCAGGACGUGCCCGCUGCCCCGGUGCGGCCGCCCGCACAAGCUCAAAGAGGAGCACAGGCAGGUCCUGGAGAGCUUGGCGCAAGAGCAGACCUUCCCCUCCUUGCAGGCACUCACCUCCGAGUUCCAGCGGGCGUCCGGGGCUAACGUGAGCUCGGCCACGGUGAGCAGGGAGCUGCGUGAGAUGGGGCUCCGCCGGCGGGGGUCCACUGAAGGCAAGGCCAAAGAAAGGAAGAAAGCGAAGAAGGCACAGGUGCCCUCCAGUCCGGACAAAGUGGACGUCUCCCGUCUGGACCUGCGGGUGGGAUGCAUAAUCAGAACCAUGCAGCUUCCCGAAACCGACAGUCUGUACUUGCGGCACGUAGACGUAGGAGAGCCCCAUCCGAGGACAGUGGUCAGCGAUUGUGUGCCUGUUAACCAGUUGCAGAACGGCAUGGCUGUUCUGUUAUGUAACCUGAAGCCCAUGCAGGUUAGAGGCGUGGCGUCGCAGGCGGUGGUCGUGUGCGUCAGAUCGCCAGACAAGGUGGAGAUCCUCAGCCCUCCGAAUGGCGCGGUUCCUGGGGAUAGAGUCACCUUCCACGGUUUUCCAGGUGAACCGGACAAAGAGUUGGAUUCGACCAAGGUGUGGGAUCAGGUUCAUGCAGACCUCCGGACCGACAGCCAGUGCGUGGCCACCUACAAGGGGGCGCCCCUAGAGGUCGCUGGCAAGGGGGCGUGCCGAGCUGAAACCUUGAGCAACUGUGAAAUCAUCCUAACUAAUGGAGGGGCGGCUUGUGUUUUUUAAUUGUAAAUGUGGAGGAAAAUAAUAACAUUCCCACCAGAACAAUGAUGUAAAAAACGUUUUUUGUUUUUUUUUUUUUAGAUAUCGUCAUUUUGAAGCGUAAUGUUGUCAGUUACUUGAAUUUAUAUUGUAUGUCCUCAAAUAGUGGCCUCUGCUGUACACAGCCGUAAAACAAACAAAACACAUGAAAAUGCACAUUAGCACGGUCUUACGGCUGUGCAGCAAGUGCAAGCUCGAUUGUCGUACGGAACUGUGUGGAAACCGGCCAACAAUUGGUACUCCCUGCAGAUGAGACAGCAAACACCUCCUACUGGCCACUAUUUGAGGAAAUGUGGUUAGCUAGGUUGCUAGUUUGAAUGUGCCUGCACUGAGGUGUGUGUAGUGAGUGACGCUGUGACGUCAUCGCAAGCACGACCAGACUUUACCUGAACUCCAUGAUCGGCUGUGCGCCAUUUGUUUUCCCAUUAUCAGCAAUUUAAUAUAUAUACACAUGCCUGUUUAACGGCUAGCAAAAAUUUUUUUUUUCUUUAUUAAGGAGAAAAUGACCAAAUAUGUCAGUGGGUUAAAUUAAAAAUGUGUUUCAAUGCGUACGCUUAAAGAUUGUAAAGGUAGAAAAUCAUUUCCCUUGUCUCUUUUACCAAAAAAAGUUACUUUUGCCCCAGGCAACUUAUUAAAAGGCCACAAAUGAGAGGGCAGUGUGCAGUCAAUUUUGGAAAAAAUAACAAAUGACGAACCUUUCUCCAAUUUGUUUUGAAGAAAUUAAAGGUUAAAAGCAUCUAUGUAGGAUUUUGAAUCAAAAUCUUCUAACCAAAUGGGGCCACGAGCAGCAAUUUGCACUGACAAAAAGUAAUGCGAGUUCGCUAUUGAUAGAUUUCAAAUAUAGAGAAAUUAUGUCUGUUACAUCCAGAGGCAUCCCUUCCAGCCAUAAUUCCAGGACAACUCGCAAGCAGAUCCAAAUUAGGGCUAAACCGUGAGCUUUGAUACUUUGUCGUUUGAAGGUGCCAUUAUAGAAUACAGUAAACCCUCAUAUUUCAAAUGUCCUCAAUACUUCGUUGGGUCAUCCUGGAGUAUUUCAAAGAUCCCUAACACACAACUUUGUUCCUUAUUACUAAUACAUACCAGAUAGUGUCUUCUUAUCACUUUUUUUUGUAAGCAUGUUAAUGUAUAUGCUUAUUUGCUCACUGUCACCUUUAUACCCUUUAUACCCUUAAACUGUAUGUAUAUUGAUGUGUUUAAUUGUAUCCUCCCAUUAAUUAAAAUUGGGGAAAAAACUGCUUCA